GCUCGUAUCAAGGUAUCAACUCUUUAUACAACGCUGUGAUUACUCUGCAUGAAUCUGUUUAUAUAUGUGAUUAUUUAACAUGUCAGAUAAUAAGAAGCUUCACCUCAUUAUGACUUAAAGCAUCAUGAACUCUACUCAGGUUUCAUAUUUCACUCUCUCUGCUUACUUUGACACUGGAGCGUUGAGAUAUUUAUACUUUGUGAUUAUUAUGGUUUUAUACAUGUUGAUAGUUGGUUCCAAUGUGUUUCUCAUUGUGGUUAUCUGCAUGAACAGAAGCUUACAUGAACCUAUGUACCUUUUCCUGUGCAGCCUGUUUGUAAAUGAACUGUAUGGUAGUACAGGGUUGUUUCCAUUCCUUCUGCUUCAGAUCCUCUCUGACAUUCACACUGUUUCUAAACCUCUGUGCUUCCUGCAGAUCUUCUGUGUGCAUUUCUACGGCAGCGUAGAGUUGUUCACGUUAGGCGUCAUGUCUUAUGAUCGGUAUCUAGCUAUCUGUUGUCCUCUGCAGUAUCACACCCGUAUGACUCACAGCAGGGUUCUGGUUCUGACCGGGUUGGUGUGGUUCUACAGCGUGGUGGCGACAGUGGCCAUGAUGUCUCUGAGUGCUCCUCUGCAGCUGUGUGGAAACAUCAUCCACAAAGUUUACUGUGAUAACUUCUCUGUGGUUAAACUGGCCUGUUCGGACACGUCCAUCAAUAACGUCUACGGGCUGCUUUACAUGUUCACCGUCAUCGUGUCUCUGGUGGUUCUGAUCCUUUUCUCCUACGUGAGGAUCCUCAGAGUUUGUUUCUCAGGUUGUAAACAGAGCCGACAGAAAGCCGUCAGCACCUGCACGCCUCACCUCGCCUCGCUGCUCAACUUCACCUUCGGAGCGUUCUUUGAGAUCGUUCAGAGCAGGUUCGAUAUGAGCCGAGUUCCCAACAUGCUGCGUGUGGUUCUGUCUCUGUACUGGCUCACAUGUCAGCCGCUGCUCAACCCGGUGCUGUACGGACUGAACAUCACGAAGAUACGCAUCAUAUGCAGCAACCUGGGUAAGAGGAUGUAGAACAUGUUGAGGUUUUAAUAUUUAACCCUUUAAAGUCUGAACCAUCAAAUAAUUGCCAGAAAAUGAAAAUUCUUUGAAACUAGAGUUUAUUGGACCUUCUGACAAGUAAUUAAACAAGAUGAAUUAAAUCACACUUUGCAUCUAUGAGUUUAGUUUUGUAUUGUAUUUAUUUUUCAUAGCAUGAUGAAAACAUGUUGAAUAGAACUUGUUUAAGGUCCUGCAUGAAGCUCAUAAACCUUUUAAACCUUGUUAUGCAUGAUAAUAAUAUAUAAUGCAUGACAUGAAAUAGUCUGAAGACAGAUAAAUGAUUCUAUACCUGCUGAGUCUAAUGUACCAUAAAAUAAGCUGCUAAAUAUUCAGUAAUUCAACAUUGCAUUGGUUCAUGUUUGUACUUCAUGUAUCUGAGGAAUGAAAUAUGAUCACAUGAUGAUUUAAAGGUCUAAACCUCAUGAAUCCAUCAUGAUGCACUGGGCCAUGCAGGGUUAAAGAUGUUUUAUGUGUUAAACUCUGAACUGUGAUUCAUUAGCUGAAUCACUUCCUGUUAACUAUAGAAACAAUAAAACUGCAUUCAAAUAUGAUUUAUGUAUAUUAUAUAAGGCAUAUAUAUGGUAGAGAAAUAUAGUUUAUUUAUUUUAUUUACUAAUGGGCAGACA